UGUUUGAUUAAUAAAGUAGAAAUAUGUUUAAAUGAAAUGAAUUAAUCAUGUUUAUGUUUACUAAAUGAUUUGUUCUUGUUGGUUGUACAUGGUUUCAAAGAAAUUCAAACCAAUUAAAUUGAUUCAUGUGAGUCCAACAAGAAUGAGAUUAAUCAAAGCAAUAUGACUCCAGUGGUCAGCUACUGCGCAUGCUCCAUGCCCCAAGGUCUCCUGGGAAAUAACUGAAGAAUCGUCAGGUCCUUUCCCGCUCAGUCCUUUGUUAUCUUCGCUCUUACAAACAUUGAGUGCAAGUCAAUCUGUGUCUCUGUAUGAUCAUUUGUAUGCACCCUGUUUUUUAAAUGUGAGGUGUAUGUGGCAGUGCAGACAUUGUGACACAAGAGAGAGAACUAGGUACAAAUUACUUAAACAUUAUAAACUAUACCAUCAUUGUGGAAGAGGCCAACAUUAUCUGUGCAUAAAUGUUAGUUGUCCAUGCUCAUUCAAGACUUGGACUGGACUCAAAGCCCAUGUCUAUAAAUGUCAUCCAUAUCAGCUUGUAUCAACAGCUUCCAGUUCAGUAACUUUUAAAUGUGAGUUGUGUGAUCGCAGUGACAUCUCAACAGAAAGAGACUUUUUUGUUCAUAUUGGAACACAUCUGCGCAAUAUAGAAACAGUUAACUGUGUAUUUAAUGGUUGCUCUUUCAGGACAAAUGUCCAUAGUACAUUUUACACACACAAAAAGAGGAAGCAUCAUCCACACAAAAAUGGCCAACCUCCGAAGCAAACUAAGGGGGCUGGGAUGUGCCGAGGUAAUGCUUAAUUCACUGAAGAGCAAGAACCAAGAUAAAUCUCUGGCAGCAUUGAAUGUCAAAAAGCCAAGAAGGGCAGAAGUCAAUUACUGUCCAGAACACCCAAAAGGAGAAACCACCGAGAGUCUUGAAGAAGAGAGAAUUGCACUGCUUUCUGAGUACAUGAAAAAAGACAAUUGGCAUACAGUGACAGCAAAAAUGGACAAGACUUUCUCAUACAGGAGGCAAGAAGUUCUGCAAGGACAACCCUUCGUUGCAGACUUCAAAAGCAGAUGGCCAGCUCUUUUCAAUGAGAAAGAGAUCGAUAAUGAAUUCAAGCGCAUAUCAACUGUGCCUCUGCUUUCGACAUUCUUCGCUGCACUUGACCAGUACUCUCCCCGUCUGAUAGAGAUCUUUAGACAUAAAGGUGGAGCAGGUGGAAGGAAGAUCCAACAUGUCAUGAUGGACAUUUCCAAGGAUGACACAAUACACACUAGACGAACAUGCGUCCUCAAGUCCUUGUGCAUCUACCUGAAUGAAGACCACGAAAAACUUGUGAAGGAAUACAAGAACACAGACACAGAGGCCACUGCGUCCAUGGGGCAAACUGUUCUGGGAGUUUAUGUAAUCCGGAAGGAAGGAGUGGAGCUGAGACAUGAAGACCCAGAAGACAUCGGUGUCCUGAUUGAAGGUGUGGAAGUUCUUAACAACCUGCAGAGCAUUGGAAUUGCUUGUGCUUUGUUGUUUGGACUUACAUACUGUUUGAAUCUGAGCUACCCGUCAAAGCUCAAAUGCACCUUUGAAGUCCUGCAAAAGAUAUUCCUCGAUCUUGAUGGGCAGAGACUGUCUUCCAAGGCACAGUUCCUCAAGAACAAGCUUAUGAGCAAAUAAGCUUGAGGAAGACUACAAUAAGUCUGAAGGGAGGAUUUUGUUUACUUUUGAGAGUUCAAAUUUAGGUGUUAUGAUGAUGUGUUAUGAUGUUAUGUUAUGACAAUUUAUAGUUUGCUCAGUGGAGUGAGAACAAGAGAGUCUCCAAAGUUAAAAUGUCUCCUAUAUUUAAAUGUUGCUGGAACAGAUAGAGUUGUAUCUUUACUACUGAUUUUAUUACAUAAAGUGUUGCUAAAGAAGUUUCACCCUUUGGCUGAAAAAUGUUUAAGAAGCCACUACAAUGGUUAUAGAUUCCUGUGCUGUCGGUGACUUUACAGAGAUUUUAUUUUGUAUUGUACAGUUUAUUCACAUAACAGUCACAAAUGUUUUUUUCUUUGCCAUGCCUGCCUUGUGUAAAUUUGAAGAUUUGAAAUAUAUAUAUAUAUAUAUAUUUUAUUUUCUAUUCUGCACAUAUCUUAUUUUCCAGUUUUUAUUUAGGGACCAAAGGAUGAGAUUUAUGUCUUUAAUGGCAUUUCUUUUUGUUGUAGUUUAGAAUUUGGUCAACUAGAAUGUUUCAACGGUGGAUUUGGCACUGUGUUGUAUGUUAAAUAAAUGUUAAACACAAAUGUUUGAAUAAAAUGUGAAUUAAUUUUUUCAGUCUUUUAUUUUGUAAUGCUGGUUAAUUAAUACAUACUAGUACGAACAAUGAACACAAAUCUAAUUGAACCAGUAAGAUUGAUAUUAGUGUGACAAACAGAGCUUAUGUUUGUUCAUUCAACAACACUGACAUUUGUAGAAAGAACAAGAUCUGAAAAGGUUCAUACAGCAAGAUGGGAUUUUGUUGUUUCAACAUGUUUAAAUAAUGUAGAUUAGACUAAUGAUUGUUGAGUUCAAAUUACAUGGUCAAGGCAAGCUGGUUGUACUUGAUUUGUUUAGAUGG